AUGGCAAAUUCAAGUCAAGAUUUGAGUCAAUUAAACAUAUCAGAAGAGGAAAAAGACAAGCUUGUAGCAGAAGUGAUCCGCUAUGUGCUUUUCAAGACGCAUCAUAAUUCAGGUUGCCCAAUUAAAAGAGAUGAGCUUACUCAAAUUGUCACCAAAAACUACCGUCAGCGUCUGCUUCCUGCUUUGGUUAUUAGCGAGGCCAUCUCUAAGCUCUCUUCCAUUUUCGGGUUUGAAAUGCGAGAACUUCAAAGAUCUCGUCCUUCUUCUAACACUCAACAACCAAGUGUCAGUGAUGCUAAAUCAUAUGUUCUCAUCAGUAAGCUACCGGCUGAUAUGUAUAGGAAAUAUGUCGAGGAUGCAAACACAACGCAUAUGACUGGUUUUACAUUUGUUGUAAUCAGUAUUGUGCACCUCGCCGGCGGCAAAGUCAUAGAGGAAAAUCUGUGGCAUCAUUUGAGGCGAAUGGGGUUACAUGAAACUGAUGAAAGCCAUCCGGUCUUGGGGAACAUGAAGCAGGCACUGGAGAUGCUCGUCCAGCAAAGAUAUUUGCAGAAAGACAAAGUUAAUGGCCCUGAAAGCAGUAUUUUGGUGUAUGAGCUUGCUGAGAGAGCUUUAGAUGGUUCCGUCAAUGAAAGAAUUAAAGAAUACAUAUCACAGAUUGUGAAAAAUGACGUGGCCACGGUGGAAAUUGAUUAAUGGUCUGAAUAGAGGUGAGUAGACAGAUGGUCGCAUCCACAUCAGCUGUUCCGGCCUUAUGCAGUGAAGGACGGCAUUCUCAAUAAGCAACAAGGAAGGUAGGAAGCAGAAAACUGGGGGAUCUUUGUUUACCUUCCAGGCUUCCAGCUGAUGAAUAGCUAGCUUCUGCUAGAAUUUAUGAAUCUUUGUUCAGCGCUAAGAACAUUAAAUACUGAUUUUCUAAGUAUUUAUUUUACUUUAUUUAAUUCAACUCAUCAUCUGAAGUAUGUAGGUUGUUUAAUUUAUGAAUCCAAA